AUGCAGGAGAAGAUGGAGGACUACAAGAAGCAGCUGGAUGGUCUGAGCCGCAAAGUGGAUCAGCUCAUGGCGGAGAAGGCCUCACUGGAGACCAGGACUCAAUUGCUGGAGAAAGUGGUGCGCAUGAAGGAUGAGAAGCUGGAUGUGCAGGCAACCAAUCCUGAAGAGUAUGUCAAUGAGAACGAGUGGCCGAUGCACAAUCUGGCAAUGAGGCGAUCCGUGCACGAUGUUCUGUCGCUUGCAAAGGGCGGCAAUCCAGGCAUAAGCUUGGAUGACAUGCGCAACACCAGCCCGCAGCAGAUGGAGCAGUAUCAUGUGGAGGUUGUGGAGUUCCUGUCUCAGCAGUUGAUCCACCCGGAUGUGGACAUUCCGGGCUCGGCUACCAGCGAGCUGGUCAACAAAAUCGUCCUGGGAAUGUCACACGUGGGCUUGAACUCGGAGCAGAAGCGGCAGCUGCUGGCGAGUCACCGGCGGCUGCUUGCCAAAAUGGACACCAUCAUGCGCGAGCGGACUGGGAUAGUGGUGGCUGUGGGGCUGGCGCUGCCGUCUGCUGACAGGCCCAGCAUCAGCAUCGACGACUGCGAGCGCUCUAGCGACAACUACCUCCAGCUGUGCCAGGUGUCGGAUGCUCUGAAGACCAGCCUGGCAAAGGAGCACCAGGCAGUCGUGCAGUUCUAUGAAGAGACGCAGACAGAGCAUUCGCCGCUGACACCGCUGCAGGAGGCGCGAAUCCUGGUGGAGAUCUUCCCGCACCGCUUUGAGACCCUGGACUUCUGCAGCAUCCUGGCAACUCUGAAAAAUGAGGGUGCGGCGGCGCAGGGUCAGGGAGGGAGCGCCCCAGGAGCACCUUGCAUAACCACCCGUACCGACCUGCCGCCAGCUGGCGCCACAUCACCUUCUGCCGCCAAGGAAGCGGAUUAG